AUGAGCCACGACGCGUUGCGCACAGCAGGCUCAUACCUGAACAACCUGUUGCUGGCUAGAGGACUCCUCCGCGAUGGCCAACCUAUCGAUUUCGUCAAGCCCUCCAAAGAGAGUCGUGCGUCCAUCAUCAACUUGGUACACGACCUCAUCCUACGAGAGGACCGCGACAAAGAGCAGCAAGAACAUAUCGCAGCUACUAUGCGACAGCUCAAGGCCGAGGACGCGAGGAAGACGCAUGAGAUCGAGCGACUGACCGCUAAGAGCGACGAGUCCGCUCGGGCGGCAGCACAGGCUCAAGCAGCUGAACGCGCCGCACAGGCCGAAGUCAAGAAGGUGGAGAAGGCGAUCAAGUCGCUACAAGAUCAAGCGACAAAGUUAAAGGCAACGUUGGCUCAGGUCAAGACACAGUGCACGAACGAUGUGCGGAAACGCGACCUCGAGCUGGCGCGACUGAAGACGCACUUGCAAGGCCAGCAGAGAGGCAGUAGAGCUGGGAUGACGGCGCCGAGUAUGACCGUGAGGAAGUCCUUCGCCGAACCCGCACGCGAUGUUGGAGACCCGGAGUACACUCUUAAGCAGGAGACGACCGAGUUCCUCACGCAAUUGAGCCAGAAUUUGAGCGACGAGAAUGACAGCUUGAUCGCGCUGAUAAGGAAUGCUCUGAGUACCCUGAGACCCUUGCUCGGCCUACCUCUGAAUGCUCGAAGACACCCAGACAGCGCGGUUGGCAGUAUGGGCAGUGAAGAGGAGCACGGUGGAAAGCAGACAGGAUGCAGCAACAUGCUUCACACACUCCCCACAUCAUACGAGGCACUGGAGGCAGAUAUGCAAUCCACACUUGUGCAUUUGAAGACGCUACUCACCAACCCGAACUUCGUGCCCAUGGACGAAGUGGAGGUCCGUGAAGAAGAGAUUGCGCGCCUGCGCGACGGAUGGGAACACAUGGAGGACCGAUGGAAAGAUGUGAUGCUCAUGAUGGGACACUGGCUCAGACGAAUGAACACCGGAGAAACAAUCAACAUUGACGACCUUCGUGAGGGCAUGCGUCUGGCUUCGCCGGAUCGACCUCGGAGCCGUGACCAAAAACAGUCUGUGGAGAACAGCCUGAUGGAGAGCGAGUCGAGUGAGAUUCGACUUCCCAACGUAGAUGGGCCUAGCAUCGUCACUCUAUCGUCGACGCGACCUUCGAUGCAGAAUCGAGGCAGUCCAAAGCGGAAGCGUGACGUGCUCGAGCCGCCGGAGUUCUUCGAUCUGCGGCCCCCCACAGCAUCAAGCAAGACCGCACCCACAUCCCCGAAGCGUAAACCUGACGAAUCGACUCCUCUGCUGAGCAACGGACCCGGCUCUGCGAUCGCAAUGCUACCAGAAGACGAGGAUCAGAGUGAGGAGCUCGAAGUGCCUCAGAUGACAAUAGCCGAGAAGCUAAGCGCCGCGCAAAAAGAGGCAGAAGAAGCUGCAGCUGCUGAUGAAGAGGAACAAGCUGCAGCUGCGCGGGAAGAAAACAGCGGGCCAAAAGCUUCUAGGCGAGCCCAGGUGCCGGCAUACAGCGGUCUCGGGGGUAGCCUGGAUGAGCUGGCGAAUGAGAGGGACGACGAUACGCUGGGGAAGAUGCCAAGCCCGAUGGGCAAGAGGACCAAGAUCCGGGGGCGGCCUAGGAAGAGGAAGAGCACGCUCAGUCCCGAGGAGCUGGAGACUUUGCUUGUGGCUGACGAAGAGUAG